AUGUCGACAUUCGAGACACCAAUCCCGCUGUCCAGAAAGAAGUCAAUCUUCCGCCGAUUCUCACGACGAGAAUCAGGUGACUGUCAUGCUCCUCCACUGCCGUCUCCCACCAUGCACUCCCCUCCACCCAGAAAGCUGCAGCGACGCUCUGCCGUCGCCCAAACUGGUCUCCCGACCCCACCUGAUUCACCAAACUCCUUCAUAAUCACAAACGUCGAGACACAGAAGCAGCAGCACAAGCAAUCAAAAUCAGUCACACACAUCCAACAAGUCCAACUCCCUCUCCGACCCUCAGCUCCCCGACGAAACGACUCCCACCACAGCCCGAAACCGGACUACCACCACACGCCCAUUCAACCCUCACAACGCGUCCUCUCGACCGCCUUACCCACCAGCCCCUUCCCCGGCACACCCCUCAUCCGCCCCUGGAAUAUCUUCCUCCCGCCUUCCCAAGUCUUCGCCCUCUACCUCGGCUUUCUACCACGUUCCAUGUCAGACAAGUGGUUCAUAUACAGCGAAGGCCCCGACCCCGCCGGCAAACUCAAAGUCCAUUUCCAUAGGAGUUGGACGGGCAUCAAAGUUGCGGAGCUCUUCGUCGUCAUGGAUGUUAAGGGCGAGGGCGCGGGGAAACUCGUGGGUAUCAAGUGGAAUGGCGGUUUGGAUACGAAUUCUAUGACGGAGGAGGAGGCGAAGGAUAUGAUAAGGACGACGUGUGAUUGGGUGUUGGGUGUGGAGUUGGAGGAGGGUUCAUAA